AUGGCUGACGCAGGUGGUAUUACUGAUGAACGGCUGGAGACCCAUGAGAAACCCGGUGAUGAAGAGGUAUGUCUGCUUUCCAUUUAUCCUGCUACCAAUGCAUACCACAUACCUCCACAAACACCCCCCAAUUUCCCCUGCUACGCUCCCCGUCCCAGCCUCCCAAGCUCCCCGAAAGGCACUAACGAUCUUCCUCAAAACCACCCUUUCCGCGGGCUAACACCUCAAAUACAGGAAGAAAUCGCUGCUAUGAAAAAGCGAGUUGCCGAAAUGGAGUCGGAAGCCGCCAAGCUACGAGAGAUGCAAGCGUCACUGGACCAGCAGUCAGAGAGCCUGCGCGAGGAUAAAGAAGACAUCGAUGCACGGAGCAUAUUUGUCGGGAAUGUCGACUACGGCGCCUCGCCUGAGGAGAUCCAGGCGCACUUCCAGAGCUGCGGGUCGAUAAACAGGGUUACUAUCCUGCUCGACAAGUUCACUGGUCAUCCCAAAGGGUAUGCGUAUGUGGAAUUCACGGAGCCGAGUCUUGUGGCUCAAGCACUUGUUUUGAACGAGAGCGUCUUUCGUGGGCGGAACUUGAAGGUUGUCCCCAAAAGAACCAAUCUGCCGGGAAUGGCUCGAGGUCGUGGUCGUGGCCGGGGCGGAAUCGGUCGCGGAUUCGGACGCGGGGGAUUCCUUCCUCGAGGCGUAUAUCGUGGAGGCUAUAGAGGUCGGGGGAGAGGAUAUGCACCGUACUGA